CUGGGAUUGAUUCUUACGUUUCCCGGCCAGCCCCUCACGGCUCGAGCUAAACUUCCCAGCAAGCGGAGCGCUCGCCUGUGACUCGAGCGAAGAUGGCGGGCCGUGAGAGUCCGCCGCCGUCUGCCCCGUCAAUGGCUCCAAUUUCUUUCGGGUUCACUCGCACGUCUGUCCGGAGGCGACUGGCAGACCUCGGAGAUAGCGAAAGACAGGCCCCAGAGGAGAAAGAUUUCUUGGCGACCGUGGAAGGGAGGAAGCUGCAGAGUGUGAACCCUCCAGAAGCCCCCAAGGAGCUGGUUAUCCCGUUGAUCCAGAAUGGCUCUCGCAGGCAACCUCUGUCCAAGAACCCUAAGCCAUCCUCAGAAACUAGCACCGUGUUGAUGUCAGACGGUGUGUUGUCCCAGGCUGUGAAGGAACUCAUUGAGGAAUCCAAGAAGUCUCUGGAGGAGAGGGAGAAUGCAGGUGUUGACCCCACGCUCACUAUCCCCAUGAUCCAGAAAGGAUGUACUCCCAUUGAGGAAGGAUCAGACAGCGAACCUCAGGCUGAGACAGUGCCGGAGGAAGCCGACUAUGAGGCAGUCCCUGUGGAGGCCUAUGGGCUGGCCAUGUUGCGGGGCAUGGGAUGGAAACCUGGCAAGGGCAUCGGCAAUACCUUCAGUCAGGUAGUGAAGCCCCGAGUCAACUCUAUAAGGCCGAAGGGCUUAGGGCUAGGUGCCAACCGGAUGGAGGCUCAGGACUUGGCCUCCGUAGGCUCUCACCACCCACCAAGACCAGAUGGGGAUCGAGAGAAUGAUAAGGAAGGCCAACCUCAAGGGCUGAUGCAUGGAAGAGCUGUGGUUGUCCUUUCUGGCCCCUACCGGGGCCUCUAUGGCAAGGUAGAAGGCCUAGAUCCUGACAACGUACGGGCCAUGGUUCGCUUGGCAGUGGGCAACCGCAUUGUGACUGUUAGUGAGUAUUGCCUGCGGCCUGUUUCCCAGCAGGAGUUUGAUAGCCACACCUCGAAGCCAGGCCAUGUGAGCCAAACUUCCACAGAACAACAAAACAGAGCAACUGGAACAGCCUCGUCAUUGAAGGCUGCACAGAAUCAGGAAGACUCAAAGAGGAGGCAAAAGGGUUCGGAGAAGAAGCGGAAACACUCUCCCGACCGACAGGAUGGACCUGUGCCCAAGACUGAGAAAGCAGCCCCUAGAAACAAGCACUGGUUGCACAGGGACCUACGUGUGCGGUUCAUUGACAAACUACACAAGAGUGGCCGCUAUUAUAACACCAAGAUGACAAUUGAAGAUGUCCUGAGCCCAGACACAUGUGUGUGUCGGACGGAUGAAGGCCGAGUUCUGGAAGAUGUGAGAGAAGAUAUGCUGGAGACCCUGAUUCCCAAGGGAGAAGGCCACCGUGUGAUGGUGGUGCUCGGACCACAUGCUGGAAAGGUGGGACUUCUUAGGAGUCGGGACAGAGCGCAGAGUCAUGCUUUGGUCCAACUUAGGAGAGAGAACCAGGUGGUGGAGCUCCACUAUAACGCCAUCUGCCAGUACAUGGGCCCCGGUGACUCAGAUGAAGACUGACACAUGGACCACUGCCCGUCGCUCAGAUGCCAGGGAGAAGACAGAUGUUCUGUCCUCCUUUGAGAUGCAAGGAUGGGGAUGUGACUAGAUAGAGCAGAACUGUUUACCAAACUUUAGAGUGUGAUAAAAACCAUUUUAAAUAGUGGAAAGAUGAAAUCAAAACCAGUAUGUAAACUGUAAAUUUGGGUGGAAGCUGAGAUAAUCAAAGUGGAAACACUUCAUUUCUUAGCCUCAUUUCCCUGCUGAGGGUUCAGGACAAGUUAAAUUCCCCAUUCAGUACAUAGUUUACCCUUGGAACAUGAAAUCUAUGAAGUCUGUCCCCAGACAAACACAAUAGAAUCUGCAAUGUUGCAUCUCAGAACAACUUCCUGAGUUUGGAUCUUGAAUGGUCUUCAAAGGCUCUUUUUUUUUUAAGAUUUAUUGUAUUUUGUUGUUGUUUUAUGUGUGUAAGAGAGAACGAGUAUGUGAUUGUGAAUACAAAUGCUUCCAGAGAGAGAGAAAAUAUGUGAAUGCUCAGAGACCAUUAAUGUUGAGUUCCCCAGGAGUUGAAGUUACAGACAAUUGUAAGCUGCCCUGCAUGGGAGCCCUGCAUGGGAGCAGACUUGGAUCCUUUGGAAGUACAGUAAGCACUCUUAAGCACUGAGCCACCUCUCCAGCUCCUGUGCCCAUAUGGUAAAGGACUCUUGCUCGGGAUUAUGCUAGUAGCACAUACGUUUGACCUCUAGGAAUGUCUCUGGGCUGAUAAUGCACUGAAGAGAAAGGGGAACUUCUGCCCAUGAACAGCACGGGUUGGCUCCAGUUUCCAAAGGACUAGUCACUUCUAGUCCCCGAACAUGGCUUAGGUUAAAAGGUAUUUCUGACUCGUGCACUUUCUUUGCUUGCCAUGGGUGAUUAGAUUCUUUUUAAAAAAAGGUUAUUGUUGAGAAUCCUGAACCUUUUUCCUGCUUGAUGGUUGGAGAAGAAAAGUCAGAGCCUUAGACACAAUUGUUUCUAGAUAAUCCCUAAUAUAUAUAGUAUUUAAGUUAGGCCUGUGCCACAGGUUAAAAUACCCAACUUGUCAGCCCGCCACACACACUGAAAAGAAUCAAAACAUCCCAGAACACAAUGAGACUGGUAAAUGUGGCUAGAACUGGGCUGAACUCUCUGGCCAAAAUAAACAGACAAAAGGACAUGAGUCACACAGAGUGUGGUGGCCCAUAUCUGUAAUCUAGCACUUGAGAGGCUGAGGCAGGAAAAUUUCCACGAGUUCCAAGACAGUCUGAGGAGCUUCACUGAAAAACCUAGCAGGAAAUGUGCUAGGUGAAGUAGCACACCCUUUGAGCUUCGCAGGCAGGAGAGAGAAGUAGGCAGAUCUCCAUGAGUGCGAAGCCAGCCUGGUCUACAAAACAGGCCCCAGGCCAGCCAGAACUCCUAAUAAGAACCUAUCUCAAAUAGGAAAGGAUACUGUGGUUUUCUCCCUUCCUAUUGUCCCUUUUAUGUCUUCUCUUAUCUAAUUGCUAUAUCUAAGACUUUGAUACUGUAGGGGACAAUGGACAUCUCAUUCCUGAUUUCCGAGGAAAUGCUCAGUGUGUCUAUUUAAUAUAAUGUUGGCUAUAGAUUUAUUGUAUAUAGCCAUUAUUAUUUUGACAUAUUUCCAUGUAUUUCUACAGUCUCACAGCUUUUAUCACUGUCAAAUGGAUUUUCAGCACUUACUUUAAUAAUUCAUGUUUUUCUGUCCUUGAGUUUGUUUAUAUGCUGUAUUCCAUUUGCUGUAUAUGUAUGUUGAAACACCUUUGCCUUUUGGGAAUGAAGCCUACUUGGUCAUAAUGUGUAAUCUUCUCAAUGUGUUCCUAGAUUCAGUUUCUAAGCAUUUUGUUAGGAUAUUUUAACAUAACAUUUUUAUUGACUCUCUGAGAAUUUCACAUCAUACAUCCUCGUCACACUUCCCAGUCCUUCCAUGUCUGUCCCCCACACUACUUUGUGACCUCCCUACCAAAACAAGUUAAAAUAAAAAUAAAUAAAAAUUAGAAAAUAAAA